AUGCAGGUGCCAUGGAACUUCCGGAUUGGAAUAGUGAUCCUUGGGGAUUCUGCAGUGGGAAAAUCCUCUCUUCUCCACCGAUAUACUGAAGGCUCUUUCGAUGAUUCCAGACAGUCUCCACUUGGAAUUGAUUUUAAGGUCCAUUAUCUUGAAUUUGACCCCAGAAUCGUAAUUAAACUACUCUUGUGGGACACAGCAGGCCAGGAAAGGUUCAGGUCAAUCUCCAAGUCCUACAUGAGGAAUUCUGUGGGCUGUGUUUUGGUGUUUGAUGUCUCUCAGCGACAGACUUUUGAGCGGGUGCGUAAGUGGCAUCAAGAGGUGGUGGACUAUGUCCAACCCAAUCCAAUGAUCUUUAUCCUGGUGGGACACAAAUGUGACUUGACAGCGCAAAGGGAAGUGCAAAAGGAAGAAGGUGUGGCCCUGGCUAAGCGGCUCAAUAUGGAGACUUACCUGGAAGUCUCCUCUAAGGACAAUGUUAAUGUAAAUGAGACUUUUGAGACUCUGACCAGAGGGAUUUAUGAACACUUCCAAAAAGGGAAAAUUCCUUGCCGUGAAAACUGGUAUGGAAUGACUGUUGGAGCACCUGUAGAGACGGAGCUCCCUCCAACUAAGAAGCCUGGCUGUAAGUGUGGCUGA